CAGACUGUUUGAUGGGCGUCGUCGGCAUCGGAACCGGCGAGGCUUGCGAUACCAGGCACAGGCGGUGCCCCUGACGCUCCCGGGCUCGCUAGGAAGUGGCGACUGGCGGACCCAUGCAGCUCAUUUUACUCAACCCAACCAUCACAAUUUUGCCUCUAAAAGAGCUGCCCCCCUUGGCUGUAGGCUCAUUCUCGCUGCGAUCUCGUCUCUUACCUCUUGCUCACGCGACACUCUGCCCGUCAACCCCCUCGGAGCGCGCUGCGUCGACAGCUGGCCGCGGAACAUCGACGUCAGGUACUGUCACUAGCGCUUGGCGUCCCUGGCAGCCCGCGAGCAGCCCUGCGCCACGAGAGCACACGUCUUGUGGAGCAGCACGCUGCGCGAGGCGCAAUUGCGGCGGAAGAGGGCGAGAUAGCCGCCCGACGGUCGAGCUGUCAGCAUUAUCUCUCUGUAGGUCAAUCUCGACGUGCAUGCUUCUCCGCAUCCUCCGCAGCUUCCUAUCCGGACGUCCCCGGCAACCCUCGAAUCAUCGAACCACCGUCUGCAUGAACGCAGCAGCGCACAACAUCACCUUAUAACCCCAACAACCUCCGCUCCAGCUUCUCCGCACUCCGAACCCUCGACGCUGGGAAUUCUCUUUCACGUCGCAUGCUAAUUUCCCGCGUUCAGUAUUCCCAGCGUUGUAGCGAUUCGCUUUC